GACCGCGCGACCGACACGGCGCGCACACCGGCACUGGAUCCCUGUGGACGCGGUGCGUUUCGCCGGCACACACUUGCACUGACACACUCGCACGCACACACACACACACACACGUACUCGACUAAUAUACACGCGAUCGCGCGCACGCCGUCCGCCGCGCUGCAGUUUUCGUCCGACCAGCGAUACACCGUCCGCAAACGCUUACCGGAGCGCACGUGCCGGGCACGAUAUACGACAAAAUACCCAAUAGUAAUAAUAAUACAGUGAUAAUAUAACGGUCGCCACACCACACGUCUAUAAUAAUAAUAUGCAAUAAUAAUAUACCUAUAUAAAUAUAUUAUUGAAGCAUUGUUUUUAUCGUUAUAAUAUUAUUACCGAUACACGCGUGACAGUGAAAUAAAAUAUUAUAACGUCAUUAAUUCGCGUAUACACGCACGCAUAGCUACGACGACGACGACAACGACGGCCGCAGCGGGUGCAGAUGUGCAGCGCGCGAUGAGCGUGGCCGCCAAAGACAAGACGAUGCCGCAGCGGUCGCCGUUUGCCAUACAGGAGCUGUUGGGACUGACCGACAGCAACAGGAGCCCCUCGGCCGCCGUAUCGGCCGUCACGCCCCAGUACCCGCAACCGCCGGCGCCACCGUCGGCGCCAGGGCCCGCCGGCCCGUCGUCGUGUUUUGCCGCUGACCGGGACGCCAACCGGAUGCACCACCACGGCCACCAUCACGGCCACCACCAUGGUCACCACCACCACAGCCACCACAGUCAGAUGGUGGCCAGCCGGUUCGCGUACUUCAACGCCCAGGCCGCCGUGGCCGCGGCGUUCCUGCCGCACAACAUGAACUCGCUGGCCGCCGCCGUGGGCAUGACCGCCGCCGCGGCCGCCAACAACAACGGCGGAGCGCCGCUAUCGCUCACCUCCAAUCACUCGGCCGCCGCAGCAGCCGCCGCAGCCGCCGCCGCUGCCGGAUUUUCACAACUACAGAAGAAUCCAGCGUUCAGUCCCAAUAGCUGCAUGUCAGGAUUAAGUCAUUUAAACCAUCAAGAAUCGGGCAAGGACUACAGUAAUGAAGCCAUGACAACAUCAUUUGGUUCCAACAAGAAGAAGAAAAAAAGAAGGCACAGGACAAUAUUUACCAGUUACCAAUUAGAAGAAUUAGAAAAGGCCUUCAAAGACGCCCAUUACCCGGAUGUCUAUGCAAGAGAAAUGUUAUCCUUAAAAACAGAUUUGCCCGAAGAUCGAAUACAGGUCUGGUUCCAGAACCGGCGAGCCAAGUGGCGAAAGACCGAAAAGUGUUGGGGAAGAAGCACGAUAAUGGCCGAGUAUGGACUCUACGGUGCUAUGGUCAGACAUUCAUUACCACUGCCGGAGACUAUCCUGAAAAGUGCAAAGGAGAAUGAAUGCGUCGCGCCCUGGUUGCUCGGCAUGCACCGCAAGUCGAUCGAGGCGGCGGACCAGCUGAAAGAUGACAACACCGUGUGCAGCGGUGCCAGCCAAAAGAGCGACAAGGAGGAAGACGAGGACGAUGAAGAGGACGACGAAGACGAUGACGAGGAGAACCACCCCUGCAAGAGGCCGGCCAGGACGAGUCCGGAGACGGCGACAGACAUGUCGUCGCCGCAGCGGCACCAACAGCACCAGCAGCAGCAACAGCAGCAGCAGCAACAACAACAACAACAACAAGACGCUGCGGUCGCGCAAGACCGACAGCAACAGCAGCAGCAGCAGCAGCAACAGCAACAGCAGCAGUGCGCGGCCAACGCUGAAGCUCACCGGCGGAUCCAGCAAGAGAUACAGUCGCAGAUGGAGCAACACCACGCGGCCGUCAUGCAGCUGGCCGCCAACCGGGCGCAGGACUCGGAAGAGUUCCGGAACAACAGCAUCGCGUGCCUCAGGGCAAAGGCGCAGGAGCACAGCGCCAAGAUACUCAGCCUGUCGGCGGACGCGCUCAUGUUGGUCAACAACAACGCCGGCGGGAUCCGCAGCCGGAACGCCGCAACCGCGGUGGCCGUGGCCGCAGCCGCUGCGGCGGCCGCCGACGUGGCCAUGGCGUCUUCCGGCGGUAGCCAAAUGCUGGCCGACUGCGACGCCAACGCCAACAACGUGAGGGGCGUGAACCACCACCAACAGCAACAGGCGGUCGGCUCCGACAUAAUGGUCACGUCUUCCGACACGUCGUCGUCGAUGUUCUAAUCGCCAUUGCGAUAUACUGAAAAACGUAUUAUAUAUUGUAUCAUAUUAUUAUUAUUAUUAUUAUUAUUAUUGUGUACAUAAUAAUAGUAUUAUUAAAUAAAUUAAUAUUAUAAUUAUUUAGAGUAGUCGCGCGUAAAAUGCAGACAUGUCGGCAAGUGCUAUAACGCAAUGAUGACGUGUAGGCUGCAAUUUUAUUGCAAUUGCAGCAGGGUUUUUUGUCUAGCAGGUGAGUGCGAUGACCUAUAACUAUAUCGCGUUACAUACCAGACCUAACUGCAGGUAACUCUUAAUAACCUGCUAAGCGAAUGCCGAAUGUAGCUGGUUGUAAGCUCGAAAAAUGCAAUUUUAGAUUAAUUAUUAUGUGGGUGUCAUGAUGCUGUUGUAGGUAUAUUACCUCGCACAAUAACGGUUUAUCAGCCUAUAUAGGUACCUGCCUAUAUUAUGAUGAAUGAUGAUCAUCGUCAGGAUCGCGUAAUCGAACGUUUGCCAAACAUCUUUUUGUUUAUAAUAUAUUUUCAAAUAUCCAAUGAGUCCCCUGCCCAACGGUCGGACAAUACAUAAUAAUAAUGGCGUGGUGUGGUGCGGUAGUUUGCCUCAGUCACUAACGUGUUCUGAAGUCAAGCAUCGGCCGGUGUUGCUAGUUGCCGGACGGUUGACCACCCGGGUUCUUAGUUACAAAUCCUCGCCACUCGUAGACACGUGUUCCAAACCGUACGUACCUUACCCCAAAAUAAAAACCGACUAAAAAUAACCUUCAGGCUGUAAAUUACCUCAUUUGCCGAAGCAUUAACUCAAAAAAAUACAUAACAAUAAUAUAUUAUAAUAUUCGAUCGACAAUCGGCGUAAUUGCAACGAACCGUGGAGGCGCACACACUCGAAAGUAAUAUGUGAUGAGGGGUAGCCACGCUACACCACCAUCCACACAGUUUCCAGUAUAAAUACAUCUAACCCCCCCUCCCCAAACCACAAUCACCGAAUGCUCAUAAUGUUAUGACUUAGUCAACCUUAUAAUAUUAAACAAACUAUGGACAAUGUUUGUUGUAUCAUAUGUGUAUGUGUGUGUGUGUGUGUGGUGGGGAGGGGUAUACCAUAAAAUAGGUCAUCAGCUCAUCUUUGCCGAAUAAAAGUUCCCAAAAUAUAUCUUUGCCUGGUCGCACUAUACCGUUCCCCGCAUAUUACAAUACUAUGUAAUUAUUAUAGUAACGACGAUCGACAGAUAUAAUUCAGGUUUUGGACAUUUUUUUUUU